AUGUCAGUUAGGCAGUAUUUGAUUAAUUUGAAAAAGGUAUUGGCCCAAAAGAGCCUAAAAUCUCCUUUCCAUGUGGUUACAGGUAAUCAAUCUGCAGAUAUGGAUUCAGUGAUCUCAUCAAUAGCAUUCGCUUAUCUCAGCCAUAAUCUAGUCACUCCAUUCAACACUAUUAUUCCUAUCAUCAAUAUUCCACGUGGUGAUUUUAAGUUACGGAAAGAUAUUGUAAGGCUUUUAGAAACCCACAAUAUCACGGAAGAUUUACUUUAUUUUGUUGAGGAUUACGAUAAUAUUAUUGCUAGUAGUGGAACUACACCUAUAAGUUUGAAUUUGGUGGAUCAUAAUGGGUUGCAAGGAUACGAAAUUAACAAGAGUUAUGAAGAAGGGAUGGUGAAUGUAGUUGGAAUUAUUGACCAUCAUGCCGAUGAAAACAAGUUUCUCGAUGCAAAUCCAAGAGUCAUUAGAACAUGUGGAUCCAACUCUAGUUUAGUUUUUCAACACUUUUUUGAGUUGUUUAAAACGAAUGAUAAAUUUUGGCACGACAAUACCGAGUUGGUGGGGUUGUUAUUGGGUCCAUUAUUAAUCGAUACCAGCAACAUGACCCAAAAAGUAGAAGAACCAGAUUUGUUUGCAAUCAAAGAGUACAAGAAUAUCUUGAAUAACUCGUCUAGCACUUCUCAAGAAAUCAGUGGUAUGACAAACUUUUAUUCUGCAUUGAAGACAGCAAAGAAAGACAUGUCGGGGUUUAGCUUUGGCGAUGUAUUGAAAAAGGACUAUAAACAAUUCAAAUUUGCAAAUGGAGAAAAUGUAGUAUUCAGCUCAAUUGGCAAGUCCAUUAAAUGGGUGUUUUCUAAUUAUUCUAAAGAUGAAGUCAACAAGACAUUGUCUGAUACUUUGAAGCUAAACAAAAUUGAUUUAUUGGUUAUCACAUCGUCUUACACACAAAAAGAGAAUGAUAAAUAUACAAGAGAAUUUUGUUUUUAUUAUGAAGGGGUAAAUGAGCAAUUUGCAAAAUUAGCAUCAUUAGUCACCGAUCAGUUGAACUUGAAUGAUGACCUUUAUGGAAAAAGUAAAAUUUCUCCUGUGUCACAAUUUGUUAAUGCAAUCGAUGGUCACCACUUGGAAAUCUAUAAUCAAAUCAACAUUAAAGCAUCUAGAAAACAAGUUGUACCAAUAGUGAAAGCGGUACUUGAAAAAUAA